AAAUUCUAGAUUUGAAAUCAGUGAAUACCAGUCUUUUUAAUUGGAUUACUUUUUUCCGUAAAGUAUAAAGAAAAUGCAAUCAAAGGACCUGGUUAUAUUUUUGUUUUUGGUUACGAUGGCAAUGGCGAACCCAACGAAAAUUCAGGAUCACCCAAAAAAUUUGGAACAAAUUGUGUCGAAUCUGACAGAGGAAAUGGAUCACCUUAAUCAGCAAGAGUCUAUUGAAAUUUACGGAAAUAUGAUUUGUCUAGAAAAAGUCGCGGUGGAAGCUGAAGAUCUUGCAGAAGUGCAUGCUGAAAAAGACCCACUAGUGAGAAGGAUUGACGAAUUUCUCAGAAGCAGAAAAAUCCAAAUUAAACUCCCGAAUGACGGAUCACCUGCUGAUUUCUUUGGAAGAGCACUUGGAAAGAGUAAUAUUGAAUUUGAACUUAGAGGACUUACUCAUGGUGCAUCAGAAGCGAGGACAAAGCUGAAGAGGAUCAUCCUGCCACUUCUCCUGGCUCUGAAGCUGAAGGCCCUUAUCGUUUUACCUAUAGUAAUUACAAUAAUUGGACUUAUUGGUAUCAAAGGCCUGGGUGCCGGGCUAAUGGCCCUUUUGUUAUCAGGCGCAGUUGCUUUGAAAGCACUUCUCACUCCACCACCUCCUCUAUCUGCAAGGGUCAGUUACGGAAUUGUGAAGCCACAUGACAUCCACCAUGAUCACUGGCAUAGAUCACAGGAAGAGAUCAACCAACCGUACAGAGGCUGGUCACCUGAUUAUCCCAUCGAUCAGUAUCCUUACCAGGAAAUUCCCUAAAAGGGAGGCUAAUAUUUAUGAUAACUUUAUUCAAUCAUUCGAUCGCAACUAUUUAUUCCCUGAUAUGCCAUUUAAUAAAUUAUUAUUCUUUUUUGAUAAA